AUGACAAAUAAUUUAUUUAAAUCGACUCAAGUUUUGAGGUCUUUUAAAUCAGCACCAACUUGUGCUGUUUCGUUUUACAAGAGAAAAUUAUCUGACAAAUUAAUACCAUUCAGUUCGGAAAAAGGAAGAGAAUUAUUUAGAUCAAGUUUAAAACAACAAUAUAUGGAAAAUUAUUUUUCAUUAGCUGAACAGUUCCACACCCAACAAGAACCUGCUUUUUGCGGGUUAGGAAGUUUAAGUAUGAUUUUAAAUGCUUUACAAUGUGAUCCAAAUCAAGUUUGGAAAGGUGUUUGGAGAUAUUAUGAUGAAAAUCUGUUAAUGAAUUGUUGUGUUUCUGGAGACCAAGUAUUAACCAAAGGUUUGCAGAUGGAACAAUUUUGGUGCCUUUCUGUUUGUUCUGGACUUGAUGUUCAGUUAUUCAGAAAUAGUACUAUUGAACAAUUUAGACAGCAUAUUAUUGAUUCAUGUAAACAUCAAAAGUUUCAUAUUGUUGUAAACUUUUCAAGAAAAGCACUAGAUCAAACAGGUGAUGGCCACUUCAGUCCUAUUGGAGGAUAUAAUCCUGAUGAAGAUAUGGUUUUAUUAUUGGAUGUUGCAAGAUUCAAGUAUCCAUCCUAUUGGGUUUCAGUUGAGAAAUUGUAUGAGGCCAUGAUUUUGAUAGACAAGCAAACAAAUAAUAAGCGUGGAUACUUUACAAUGAGACCUUCUGAAAAUGCAAGUUCAAUGUUUUAUCGUCUC